CAUGAAGUUCAGGAACCUCCUCAAAGCUUACCACCUUUUUUUCAUGGUUUUUUUAAUUAUUGAGGAAGCGUCAGCAGCAAACAGAAGAAAUGCUUUUGCUUCCCGUGGAAAUAAAUUUAAAAAUGAUCAAAAUCGCCGGCAUGACGGGAGAGCUGUGAUAAUUAAGUGUUGCGGCGCCACAUCAUGCACCAAUUUCCAGCCCAUCGGAAAGAGUAGCACGUUGGCCGGAAACAAAACUGUCACAGUUGUCUCUCAAAAAUUGUCGACGGAGGAAUUUGCACGUGGAGCAAGUGAAGCUACGACUGCUAUAACAGAUGAAAAUUCUGGUAGUUCCAGUUCUGAAGGAAAUUCUAUUGAGCCAACUGUAGAAAGUUUGGUGGCAGGAACUGGAGGACAAGAAUCUUUGUCAAUUGAAACGACUUCUUCAGAGACGCAAAGUUCAAGUAUGACCAAAAUUGAAUCAACUACUGCAGUUGUCACUACUUCUUCUACCAGCACACCGAGUACCACGACAAUAAAGCCACAAGUUUUCCCCAAUUGUGAAGCCCCAGCAGGCUUGGAUACUAGCCUUUUUAAUGCUGACAAAACGUUGAAAAACGUGGACAGUUACGGAUCAUGGGUGGAGUCGUGUGGCCAGCAGUUUCUCUUUGGCAAAAAAUUUGUCUCAUGGAAUGAAAAUCUGGUGCAAUGUAAUAAAAUUGGAAUGGAACCGCUUGCUUUUGAAAACAAUGGGAAAAUACAGUGCUUCAAAAAUUUAACCACUGGGUGGAGAUAUAACUCGAUUUUUUGGACGUCUGGACUAAGAACUGCCGCGCCUCAGUUUUCAUGGUGCUCUAAGAAUGGAUCUUUGCUUGUAGACAGUUCAAAACAACUGUGGGAUAUCGGGCAGCCAGAUUUUGCGCAGGACCAACACUGUUUGCACCUCAACGUGGACAAAGCAAACGCUACUUAUCAAAUCUCAGACCAACUUUGCAACAACUCUUAUGUAUUUGCAUGCCAAGGGCCAACAACUCCUGCUCCGGCGUGUUCAUCUCCGAUCUGCCCCAAUUUUACUUGCACUAAAAAUCUAUCGCUCUUUGAAAAUUCAACAACAGGAGAUUUUUUGAAAGCACCAGAUUUGCAUGGGAGCUGGUUCAAGAACAAGGGACGCGUAUACAUGUUCAGUUUUGCUUAUAAGACGUACCUUGGCGCCCUUCAAGGUUGUUGCGAAAUAGGCAUGUCUCUGCUUAGUCUUGAGUUUGACUAUAAAUAUCUUUCUUUGCAAUUGGCAAUCCAAGAAAAUGUGACACAAGAAGAUACAUUUUGGACUUCCGGCUCUGACCAGGGUUGCGAGUCCAGUUUCGGAUACUGCUCGGCAAAGCGUCUUUUGAGAAAAGAGGCCAUUUGGGCUCUUGGUCAACCUGACAAUGCAAAAGGAAGCGAAAAUUCUUUGGCCGUUUCCAUAAAUGAAACUCGCGCUCAGUUGGCAGAUUUUAACGCAGAGAGAACCUUUAAGUACAUUUGCGAGACAAGAGAUUCCUCAUCUCCUAAUACAACUGGAGCAAGUGCAAUUCAAAAUGAAUGUGCCGCUGUUUACAAUGUUUCUGAAGCGGAAAUUAGCACUCUUCUAAGCAAACCACAGUUUGACAUAAGAAUUAAGUGUUUCAUGAAAUGCCUUGGUGAGAACACUGGUCUGAUUGUAGAUGGAAAAGUGAUCGCAAGAGAUAUUUUGGCCAUUGUUGAAAAAAUGGCCAAUGGAAGUGUGGACGAAAUGAAGAAAAACUUUCUAAUUAUGGAUGAUUGCUCAAAUUCAGCCAAGGGAAUGGAUGAAUGUGAUCAGGCAGCUCAGCUAAUCCAGUGCACCAAUGACAAAGCACCGAACAUUGUCAACGGUGUGAUCAACAACAUUGUGGAAUCUAUUCCAGCAAAAAAUGCAGGAUUAUUCCCAACUGCUGUUUGUCCUCAAGUGACCUGCACCGUCAAUGCCACUGCAAAAUCGGAGUUUGACUCAACAACAACGGAUGCCACUAUUUCAACUGGAUGGGUUCGUUUUAGUUGCAAUAAAAAGUGGCUCCAACAAAACGGGAACUUGGAUCUUCUUGGCGCGUACAAAAGUUGUUGCCAAAUUGGAUUGAAACUAGCAUCAAUUGAGGCUCAGGCAGAAAUUCAAUGUCUUCACGAUUCAGGAUACAAUAGCGCUUUGACGUGGGUUGCUGGUUCUUCAAACUCUAGCCCACUCAAUCCACGCUGGUGCACUGCACAGUCAAACGGACCAAUUCAAAAACACUGGUAUGUCAACGCUACCGAUCCGGCUCUGCCAGAACUAUCUGGAUUCGUCAUGAUAUUAUCGGAUCAAACAAUCCAAGCUGAAAACCCUGCCAAUCCAAACUGGUCCCUCUGUGUGUAAAUAAAUUUAUUAAGAGCAAUUAGGUGAAAGUUAAAAAAAAAUCCAAAAUAUAAAUUGAAUAUUAAAACGCAGCUUUGUGAUUUAAAUCCAGUUGCCGAAAUAUUUUCUACAAA